GUUUGUGAGAUUCACUUAAGAGCAGCUUUAAGCAGCCUGUGGAUUUCCAGCUUUGUGGAACUACAAAUCUGUCAGGAUCCUGAACUACAGAAUUUCAUACAUGUGCUAAGUGUUCCUGGAGCCUUACCUCCUGAUCUGCACGGCUUUCAGGGAUUCUCCCAGUCUUGCAAAGCUCCGUACAGACUUCUGCUUCCUAGCUACAGCAUGCGCUGAUGUUAUAACCUGCAGUCUGUGUUACUCACUCCUGAUGAAGCCACCAGCUUCUGGUCUCUCUGUUCAUUGUGUCCACAUGAAGUUCCCAGUAGCUGCCGCUGUCUCCGUGAUGUCUGCUUCCUAGUAUUUGGGCCUAGUCCAGAGUUCCCUCCACAACUGGACCUGGGUGCAGCCAUAUUUCCUGAUCAGCUGACCAGACUAUUGACUGGGAGUGCUGGUAAUCCUCAGCUGACUCCUUCCACCAAUGGCAGCCCACCUAAGGGUAUAAAGCAGGUCCCCGGGAACAGGAAGGUGCCUGAACGACUGUCAGUGGCUGCAUGGGCCUAUAAGCUGUUCUCAGGCUCUGUGCUGCGUACUCAUUUGGUUCUCCGGUGCUACUCCAUAUUCCCAGCGUUCUCCAGUGCUCUAAGUAUUCACCAGUGUAUCUCAAGUGCUCUAAGUAUUCACCAGUGUAUCUCAAGUCCUUCCACAUGUCUCCAGUGCUGUACGCUAUCAGCUGUCUCCAGUGUUACUCACCAUCGAUUAAACAUCAAUCCUUCCACGUGUGUCCAGUGCUAUCAGUUAUAUCCAGUGUUGCAUACCAUUGGUUAGAACAUCGAUCCUUCUCAGUGUUUCCAGUGUUGUGUGCCAUUGGCUAUCAUCAGUGUCUCCAACAUCGAAUAAACAUCAAUUAUCUUCAAGUGCUUUCAGUUCCGACUACCAUGGGUUAUCUUCAGAGAUCUCCAGCGUCAACUAAUUUCAAUGGUCAUCUGUUGCACUUCUUCUAACUACCAGAUACCUGACCAGGGGGCUGCGACCUGCUUGCCGGGUGCCGCAAAGCCCAAAUCCAAGGCCCAACACCGGGUUGUGACAAAAUUAAGGUCCGGGCACCGUGAUGCGGGCGCUAUGUCUCCUAUUAUCCCUGCAGGUGACACUGGCUCUAAGCGACAGAAUACCAUACUUUGCAGUGAUUAUUCCUCCGGACCUGUAUUACCCAUCAGAUGAGAUGUUCUGCAUCCACACUCCCAAGAACCUUAGCGGAUUCUCUCAUAUAUCUGUGGAUUUAAAGGUCGCAUCCGGAUCCAAGACCCUGUAUACAAUGCAACCCGGCAGCUCCAGGUGGCACUGCGCGUCUUUCCAGGUUCCGGAACCUUCUGCGGCCACAGAGAAUGUAGACAUUGAGGUACAAGGACAUGAGAUUGGAGGCAACAAGAUACAGUUCAGCACCAAAUCUCUGACUGUCCGGAGGAAAAGUAAUGGAACUUUCAUCCAAACUGACAAACCCAAAUAUAAACCAGGACAAAAAGUCAUGUUCCGCAUUGUGACAGUGGAUCAGGAUAUGGAAAUAUCCAAAGAAAAUUACCCGCUGGUCGAGAUCCAGGAUCCCCAGAAGAACCGUCUGGCACAAUGGAAAGAUGUCUCUCCCAAUAAGGGAAUUGUAGACCUCUCCUAUCAGAUGUCUCCUGAGCCUCCACUGGGGGCCUACACUAUAAAGGCCGGAGGCUUUGCUGCAACAUUCGAGGUGGAGGAAUAUGUGCUCCCAAAGUUUGAAGUGACGAUAGAGGGCCCAGCACAGAUCUCAGUCCUGGAUGACGCUGUCUCCGUGUCGGUGUCUGGCAAAUACACAUUCGGAGAAUCCGUCCCAGGAAAUGUGACGCUGAAAAUCUGCCAGAAGAAGAGAUGGUAUGGGUGGUACUGGUGGAGGAGGACGGAGGAGAAGAGGGAAAAGCCUCUGUGUCACAGCGUGACCGCCAUGACCGACCGCUCUGGUAAGCUGCAGGCGCUGGUGAGUCUGUCUCACUUCAGAGCGCGAGAUUCGGACUACUCCCGGCAACUACAGGUGGAGGCGACGCUGGAAGAGGACGGGACAGAUGUGACGUUCAGCUCAACCAAAACCAUCGACAUGAAAUCGGAAAUCACUAAGCUGUCGUUCAAGGACUCCAAGUCUUAUUACCAGCCAGGAGCUCCGUACCGGGGAAAGUUGGUAUUGGAGUCUUAUGAUGGCAAGCCCCUCAGUGGGGAGAAGGUGCACCUCACCACCUCAUUCAAAGGGGAGACCGUGAAAGAGACAUAUAUUACAGACUCUGCGGGAGAGGUCUCAUUCCAGCUGUCUACCUCCUCAUGGGGCAAAAGCUCUGUUACAUUACAGGCCACCACUAACAGGACAGAUGAGCCAUAUGAUUAUGAGAAGGUCUCGGUGCGGUACGGCCGGAGCAGCCUCUAUCUGAAGGACAUACAUGUGGAGACGAAGAACUCAGUGUAUAUCCGCCCGGUUAGGAGUUCGGCGCCGUGUCACCAGUCUGUGAUGGUGACUGUGGAUUACACCAUUGGAGAGGGACAGAAGGACGACGUGGACAUUUGCUAUCUGGUGCUGGUUAAUAAUAAGAUUACCCUUGGAGGCCAGAAGACAGUGAGAGGAAUAAAUGUGGACUCCCUCUCAGGCUCCGUGGACUUCUCCAUCCCAGUCCGUGACAUUUCCCCCUCUGGAAAGCUGCUGGUUGUCACCGUGUCUCAGGACGGUGGAGUCGCCGCAGACACCACAACGGUCAAAGUGACGCCGUGCUUGAAGCAUGCGGUCAGUCUGAAGUUCUCCGAGAGUGAAGCGUUGCCCGGAUCAGACGUCAAACUGAGUCUCCAAGCCAACGGCGACUCCAUGUGCGCCCUGCGUGUGGUGGACAAGAGUGUGGUGAUGAUGAAACCUGAGGCCGAGCUGACGGAGAGCAAGAUGCAGAACCUCGUACAGGCCAAGCGCACCUAUAUAUCCAACUGGCUAAAUUACAGUCUCUGCCAGGAUAAAAAUGUACGAGUUAUCGAUUCUGACAGCGAUUCUGACAGCAAUUCUUUCAGUGUAGAUUCUGACCCCUGGUUAUGGCGUAGUUACUAUCCGGAGAAAAAGAAGGAUGUACAGAACAUAGUGCAGGAUCUCGGACUUUACAUCCUGAGCAGCUGGAAAAUCGCGGCACCGGUGACCUGCAAAUCCUACGGGAACUCAGGACUGAAGUCUGGAUUAAAGAACUCAGGAGGGGAGUCUGAAUCGGAGAACUCGGGACCAGAGUCUGAAUCGGAGAACUCGGGACCGGAGUCUGAAUCGGAGAACUCGGGACCGGAGUCUGAAUCGGAGAACUCGGGACCGGAGUCUGAAUCGGAGAACUCGGGACCGGAGUCUGAAUCGGAGAACUCGGGACCGGAGUCUGAAUUGGAGAAUUCGGGACCUAUUUUAAAUGUCGUGAUUGUGACCUGUCGGGAUUUUGACCGUUGGGAUUUUGAUUAUAUACAGCCAAUGCUUACCUUGGCUAGACCAGCAGCAGGAAGAUCGGCCGCAGCACCAGCUGCUGUACCUAUGUCGGGGGAGAUAGAGAUGGAUGGUUCUUCGCCUCCUUCCUCACCUGACUCUGACAGUGGAGAGAGCUCCGUAGUUCGGGCGUAUUUUCCAGAAAGUUGGAUUUGGAUGCUGCAUCCGGUGAAUUCAUCCGGUUAUGGUGAGGUCCCAGUCACCGUGCCAGACACCAUCACCGAGUGGAGAGCCCAGAUGUUCUGUGCCGGGCCUGGAGGUUUAGGACUCUCUUCUACUGUUCCGCUCAAAGCGUUCCAGCCAUUCUUUGUGGAUAUGGCCCUGCCCUACUCUGUGAAGCAAGGAGAGAGCUUUAUACUCAAGGCCUCAGUGUUCAACUACAUGAGUGACCCUCUCAAGAUUCUGACCACCCUUCCGCCAUCUAAUGACUUCACCAUGAAGAAUAACAUCACCAGUAUGGACCCAUUCUGUCUGGCUGGUGGGGAGAAGAAAACCCUCUCCUGGGAGGUGACCCCCAACAUUAUUGGAGCAAUGAAUGUUUCCAUCAUCGCUGAAACUGUGAGGAGUCAGGACCUGUGUGAGGGGCAGAAGACGAUCGUUCCACAGAGAGGGAGCAGAGAUGUUGUGAUCCAGUCUCUACUGGUGGAGCCCGAGGGGACCAUGGUGGAGCAGACACACAACUCCAUGCUGGUGUGUGAAGGUAAUUCUGUAUCAGAGAAGGUGAAGUUAGAGCUCCCGGCGUCACAUGUCCGGGGGUCGGAGAAAGCGUUUAUCAGUGUUACCGGGAACAUCAUGGGAUCUGCCAUGAACAACCUGGACAAUCUUCUGGCCAUGUCAUCUGGCUGUGGUGAGCAGAACAUGGUCCGCUUUGCCCCAAAUGUCUACGUCCUCCAGUACCUGAAGUCCUCGGGUGACCUGAAGCCGGAUGUCUUGAAGAAAGGGAAAGAGUUCCUGGAGAGCGGACUACAGCGCCAGCUGACGUACAAGCACCCAGAAGGGUGUUACAGCGCCUUUGGCAAAAGUGAUAAGGAGUGCAGCACGUGGCUCACAGCUUUUGUCGUGAAGAGCAUCAGUCAGGGACGAGAUUUUAUGUAUGUUGAUGAGAACCAUCUGAAACAAGGCAUGGACUCCCUGAAGAGUCAGCAGAAGCCCAAUGGAUGCUUCAAGGCAAAGGGCCGACUUCUACAGAAUGCCAUGAAGGGUGGGGUGGACGAUGAGGUCUCUCUCACAGCUUACAUCCUAACUGCCUUACUGGAGUCCGCCAUGGAGCCCAAUGAUCCUGUUGUAGAAAAGUCCCUGCAGUGUAUUACGAAUUCAUCCCUGGAGAAAGCCAGUCUCUACAAACUGGCCCUGAUGUCUUACGCGUUCACACUGGCCAAUCGCACGGAGUCCAGAGCUGCUGCCCUGCAGAAGCUGAUGGAACAAGCCACCAAAGCAGAUGGCUUCAUCUACUGGACUCAGGAGACCAAACCUGACACAGAAUCAUACUGGUCCAAACCCAAGUCCGUGGAUGUUGAGAUGACAGCGUAUGUCCUCCUCGCUUUGGCGUCUAAUGGACCAGUCUCCAAAAAGGAGCUUGGGGUUAUGUUGUCCAUUGUCCGCUGGCUGUCCAAACAGCAGAAUGCAAAUGGUGGUUUCUGCUCCACUCAGGACACCGUUGUCGGCAUUCAGGCUAUGGCAAAGUUUGCCUCCUUAACUUCCACCAAAACUGGCAGCAUGGCCGUGCAGGUGACCACAGAGAGAGGGUUUCAGCUUCAGCUCCAAGUUGAUAACGACAACCGACUUCUCCUGCAGAGGGCGCCACUUCCAGACAUCCCCGGGGAAUACACCGUGACCGCCACCGGGAGUGGGACUGUGUAUAUGCAGGUUGUUCAGCGCUAUCAUACUCCACCCACUGUCAGAAAAUCUGCCUUCGACCUAUCAGCACAAACUCGUUGUGUAAAAAGUGACUUAGUGGAGAUCAAAGUGCAGUUCCGGUAUACGGGGACACGCCCGGCCUCUAACAUGGCGCUGGUGAUGGUGAAUCUGAUGUCUGGAUUUGUUCUACAUGCAGGGUGCAGAGAGACACUGCAGAAUAAUCCGCUGGUGAAACGCGUGGAGACCUCAGAGGACCAGGUGACCGUCUACAUGGAGAAGGUCACGUCUGAGCCCCAGACCCUGGAGAUCCUGGCUGAGCGGAGAGUCCUAGUGACCGGCCUGAAACCCGCCAUCAUUAAAGUCUUAGACUAUUACCUGCCAGAUGAAGAAAAGACAAUUGACUACCUGCAGACCUGCUCCUGAGAGACAGUGAUUGCCGCAUGGACAGUUGGGCUCCGCCCCGAAGUAUCAUCCCUGCAGCGCUUCAUCCCAUCCCCGAUGGGCCUGGGGGUCCUCCCCCCACCCUCAGUGCCCCCCCCCCCCCCCCCACACCCCACUGCCCCCAGUGAUCACAUCCACCGACCAUUUAC